AUGAAUCAAGAAAGCGGUGCUCACUCACUAGACGCCUGCCAGCCGUGCCCAGCAGGCGGAUACUGCACAGGGCCAGGCGCUGCUACCAAAAGUGGACAGAUCGACGGCGGAUACUAUAGCUCUAGUGGCGCGAUAUCUUCCAAACCAGUUCCCGGCUGCAGAUUGCUCGCAGCAGUUUUUGGGGGGCAAUCGACACCAUGCACAGGAUUCGAAGGCUCGAUAGAAACAUUUGUCGAGGCCCAGUUACAAUGCCUUAAUAAUGACCAGUGCCAAGGAAUAGUCGAGACUCCGGAUGGGGCCUUUUUCCUCAGUGGGGGAUCAGCAGAAGCCGAUUGCUUGCCUUGCCCACCAGGCUUUUACUGUGACAUGCAAGGGCUCUCUAAGCCAAGUGGCCUUUGUCCAGCAGGAAGGUUUUGCCAAGCAGGAACACAGAGCGCACACGAUGCUGAGGAAUGCAAAGCAGGCCACAUGUGCCCAGAAGGAAGCCCCACUGCUAUACCAUGCCCUCCCGGCACGAAGCAGCCGUCUUUGGGGCAAGCAACAUGCAUGGAAUGCGUUGCUGGUUAUUAUUGUCCUCCCGGUACCUCAUGGAAGGAGCCUAUUACCUUUUGUAAGCAUGGAGAAAUAUGCCCACCUGGAUCGGCGGAACCACAAGAUUGCCCUCCAAAUCACUAUUGCAACACCGUAAAGCUUGCGGAACCAUCGGGUCCGUGCAGUGGUGGAUUUAUUUGCAUUUCACGAUCCACUACUCCCAGGCCGACUGAGGCGCAAAAUGGGAGUGCAUGCGAAGAACAAAUGGCUGGACGGCCUUGCCGGAAAGGCCACUACUGCCCUCGACCGGCGUCUCCCUUGGUGGCAGGGACAGGAUUCCCUGGCACUGGUGGUGACGGACUCCCUGGUCCGCAAGCGACCCUGAUGCUGCCUGCAUACGCUGUUGUGGACUUGGCUAGUCACGACGUAUAUAUUUCGGAUUACAGCAAUUUCGCUGUGAGGGUGGUUUACGGCGAUACAGGUCGAAACGCUAUUGUGGAGUACGAUGUGGCAUCCAAAGCGCUAAAGCCACUGGAGAAUAUUGGUGCAAGCCUUGCGAAUCCACUAGGCUUGGCGCUUGAUGAGGACUGCACUAACUUAUAUAUUGCCGACAGUGGAAAUCACAGUGUUGUGAGACAUACGUUCGGCACUGAUGGCAUCACACGCAUCAUCGGGACAGGCACAGCAGGGGAGAACGGAGUUGAGACGCCUCCCGACACUAUCCAGCUUAAUUUACCAUCUGGGGUGGUCGUAGACAAACAGCAGCUUUAUGUUGUGGAUUCAGGCAACAAGCGAGUGCUGCGGAUGGACAUGACGAGUAAUCAGCUGCUUAAGUCGAUUGGGAGGAGCCUCCUCAAACAGUCAUCUGAUGCUGUUGGAACGGUAUCAGAUGCUGAUUUGACUGCCGCAUUGCCGAACACCCAUGCUUCUAUGCUCAGUAGCAGUACUGGCACUAGCGUCCGAGCUUCAUACGCAUACUUCGAGCUGCCAGUAUCUGCAGCACUUGCUCUCCGGAAGGACAAACAAGUGCUGGUGGUCUCUGAUGCUGGGGCUAGAGCCCUUCGAGAGGUUGAUCUUGACGCAGAAACCAUGUCUACGUUAGUGGAUUACUCUUCUUGGGAAUCUGCUGUAGUUGAGAAAGCAGCAAAGAGUAUUGCAGCUACAGGACUGCACAUGGCAUUCCACGGCGUCAGUACUUUCUACGGGGCAGAACAGAAGCAAACAGGAGUUCUCUUCGCUGAUAGUUAUAUGCACCGAGUUCGCCGAAUCGAGAUAGAGACAGAUCUUUACUCGCUAGAUCCGACCGUUGAUAUCCCAUGUCCUGCUGGAACAUAUCUACCAUACACUGGAGCGGCUUCGGAGUCUGAAUGCAUAAAGUGUCCUUAUGGAAUGUACUGCGCCGAAGAAGGACUCAGCGAACCACAAGGAGCUUGCUAUGAGGGAUAUUACUGUCCUCGAGGAUCGAAUUCACCCACGCAGGAGGAGUGCACUGCUGGCCACUUCUGCAAAGCACAUGCUGGUACAGCAAGCACCCCAAUCAUUUCUGCUCCGUUGCCCACUACUGGAACGCUAUUACGCUUCCUGGAGGCUAAAACGGAUUUGGAGGUGUCUGCGAGAGCAAGAACACUCACAUCUGGGUGGUUUAGAAGUGGUACCACUACUACGUGCUGUAGAGCUGAAGCGUGCCUCAAUAAAUUGGAUGGAGACACGAAGGAAGAGGAUUUACUCGUGAUAGAGCUCGAAAAUCCUAUGGACCUCGUCAACAUUCGCAUUGAAGCGCAGGGGGAUCAAACGAAUACGGGCUACUACUGCACAGAAGGAUCUUGGACUGCCACGCCAUUGGCUGGCAUGAUACAUCCAGACACAGGAGAGGAGUCAAGUGUUGGUGAUGUGUGUCCACCAAACCACUACUGCCCUCAGGGAGCAUCGAAACCUACUGCAUGUCCAAGGUGAGAAUACCGAACCCUCUGCCCUGCUGGCACAUUUAGCGCUGCAGGCCAAGCGUCCUGCACUCCAUGCAGCAGCGGCACUUACUGCCCUAGUCCAGGAGCUACAACGGACGGCCUACCUUGUCCCAAGGGUCACUUUUGUGGCAAACAAACAUCCAUACCAAACCCAUGUACUCCUGGGACACUCCAGGACGAGAUUGGCAAAACCUCUUGCAAACCGUGCCCGCCGGGCAAAUACUGCUCAGGAUAUAGGGCAACAGCGCCCACUGGAAGCUGUUUUGCCGGAGUAAUCUGCGUUGAAGGCGCAACCCAUCCGCUUUUUAUCGAAGAUGUGUACAGGCUUGAGGACAAGAAAAAUGGGCUUUGCCCCCCCGGCCACUACUGCAACGAAGGGGCACUAGAGCCAGAGCCAUGCCCUGAAGGACAGUUCCAGGAUAAACCCGGAGCUAAGGCUUGCAUGGACUGUCCAGCAGGCAAAUAUUGCUCUGGGAAGGGAAACACAGCUCCUACUGGGCCGUGUUUUCCGGGUUAUGUUUGCUAUCGAGGCUCCUCAACUGGACAACCGGACGAUGGAAGCACAGGAGAACUUUGUCCAAAAGGAUGGUUCUGUGAAGCUGGCACAACCCACCCCACUGCGUGCCCUCCAGGCACACAUACUGACAAAGCCGGUCAGCAGACCUGUGAUGUAUGCACAGAAGGAUUCUAUUGCAACACAGCUGGGGAGGAACCAAAAAUAUGCCCAUCCGGAAAGGUCUGUGAGAUGCACCCUGCCAACCUACCCUUACUAAUACUUCCUGAUGCCAUGUUUUGGUGGGAACUAAGCAAUUGUCUCCAGAAAGAAACUGGAGAGGAAGGAUAUGGUGGCAUACCGUGCCCAGCAGGGCAUUACUGUCCUGCUGGAACCACAAAACCAAUUGCGUGCCCUGUUGGGAGCGUGCGGCAAGGUUUAAUGGGCCGGUUCUUUUGCCCAUUGCUUUCGCUCGUUCCUGAGCCCUGUCCAGCUGGUCACUUUUGCCCUUUGGGCUCUACGAAGCCACGACCUUGCUUUGGAGGCACCUAUAACCCUCACCAGGAAGGUAGUGGGACAUCUUCAUGCUUACUGUGCUUGGCUGGAUAUCUGUGUCCUGGUGAGGGGAAUGGUGAGCUUGGACCAGAAAAUCAAUGCCCUACAGGACAUUAUUGCUUGGAGGGGAGCCAGCAACCUAUCCCUUGUCCACCAGGAACUUACGCAGAUGAGCAAGGCUUGAAAAGUGAAAGCGGCUGUAAGCCAUGCUCAGCUGGAACCUAUUGCCCUUCGGACGGCUCAUCAGGGCCUGGGUACCAGUGCCCCGCAGGGCAUGUCUGUCCUUCAGGCACUGCGAUCCCACGAAAGUGCUUGCAGGGGACCUGGUGUCCUGCUGGAAGUGGCGAGGCGCAAAAGUGUCCUGCUGGAGCAGUGUGCGCAAUAGGUUCAGGAGCACCACAGUCAUGCCCCCUUGGUUCCUACUGCCCUCUCGACAAAUCAGUUCCUAUCCCGUGCCCAGCAGGCUAUAUAGGCUCUGUCGACCGGUCCGAUACCAGCUCAUUGGAUACGGGAUGCACUAUAUGCCCGAGGGGUACUUACUCGGAUGAAACAGGGAUGAGUGAAUGCCUGCCAUGUCCCCCUGGCUACGUUUGUCUUGAAGGCUGCAGCGCCAGCAUGCCAACAAGCAUAGAGAGAGACAAAGGCUACAGGUGUCCACCUGGGACAUAUUGCCCCUCAGGAUCUAGUAAAGAAGUAUUAUGCCCUUCAGGGACAUAUGGUCUGCAAGCGGGUUCCUCAAGUAUUGACUCUUGUUUCCCUUGCCCUUCAGGAACUUACAACAAUAUGGAGGGCCAGACAGGCUGCAUACUUUGCGGGGCCACUGCAACAUCAAAUUCACAAGCAACGUCUUGCUCCUGCAAAGGGACGAAUAGAUCGUUUCAAUCAGCUGACAGGUCAUGCGUAUGCCUAUCAGGAUUCCAUUAUAUUCAGGGGCAGCAAGACCUCAGUGAUCAAGAUGGAGUUGAGCCUUGUCAACAAACGCUGUACGACGAAUGUGGGGACGACACUUCACGUGACGCUACAGGGGCGUGCAAGACCCCGGAUGAGGUUUGCACCAGUCAGUGCGGACCUGGCGGAGGCAGCUUCAGCAGCAUUUCAGGCCUGUGCAUGUGCGCCGGCAGAAAAUCGCUGGAUGAGGUGUGUGACGAAACAUGUAGAGCAGCACGUCCUCAAAUGAUCCUGAAUAAUUCGACGAUAGUACUCGACGAUCCUGAAAGCCUCACCGGCGAUAGAGAGUUUGCUUUGGAUGAACUAACAUCCCAAUGGGGCCUGGCUAGCGGCGCAUUCAACUGCAAUGAGCGCACAGGAUGCACUGUCCGGAUUUUCGACACCACUCUAGCGAACAUGAACGGGCUCGUCGGCGUACCACAAAGCCUCGUGGAUGAUAUCGAUGAGCGAAUUCAACAAGUAUCGAAGGACCAAAGCAGGCUGAGUGCAGAAGAAAUAAAUAUACAUUCGUCUGCAGGGGGUUCGGACUUUGGCUAUUUUGGUGUGUCAGAUCCAGUGCAAUGCUUGCCACUGGGUACCACUGUAGCUUGGUACAUUCGCCCGAGCCCCAACCCUAUUUAUCCUGUGUACCUCCGGAACAGUUUGCUGAACACGAACAAAGAAUUCGAUUAUGGAGCAUUCAGGAGCCUCGACAACGAAAUGCAAGCAGGGGAGCAGAGAAUCCUUUUCCUUUUUACAUUCAAUGAAUCAGGGUUGUACACGUUUGGCCUGAAUUCUGACCAGAACAAAAUUUUGGUGCUUCGAGUUAUGGAAGCUAGGAGGCUGUGCAGGGAAGAUGCAUUGCUUCCCCAGUUGAGAACCGUUGAGACCUUGGCUGCCGUCGCUGCUCAACUCCCGUCUAACAUAGAAGCUACCAGCUUGUUCAUGGCUGCGAUACUCGCUAUAGCCAUUGGAGUGAUGGGAGUGCUUGUCUUUCUGGCAGCCUGGAUAUUUACCCACCAGCGUCUUGAAAACUUUAGAGCAUGCUCCAAAGCCUUGAAUAUCCAUCUGAUGUACUGCGAGCUGCUUAUGCACAGUGAUGCUACCGUUGAUGAGAUGGCCGACCUUGUGCUCCAUACUCAAGCUAAGGUAUCAAGGAAGGAGGACCCUGGGGUAUUGCGCGCAAGGCAAGCUUUGGCGAAGAGGCUAGAUAUGCAAGAUCCACGUGUAUUUAUCGCAGUGCUUAUAUUAGCAAAAGAUAUUCAAGAGAAAACCGAGACUCAGUGUGAACAGAUAAGAACGCAACGUUGUGAGGGUCUCUCGCAACUGGUCGAAAUAACAAAGUCCAUGAAGCAUGAGCUUGUUAACCAGAUAAAGGAAGCUGUGAACUCAGAAGUAAGACUUGCUAGAUAAGAAAAGGACACCUUCAAUGAUACACAUGCGCGAGGGGCGUGGAGCAAGGAGGCUGAUGAGCUUCGAGAAGAUAUCCUUUCGUCUCUACUCAGCCUUUUAAGCCUCAAACGAAUUGAUCUAAUCAACAAUCUAGCACGGAUGGGAAAGGAACACGAGGAGGUUAUGGCUCUGAAAAAGAAAUGUACCCAGCUACUUUGUCUACAAAGUACAAGUGAAAUAGGGUCACAGACAGAUUCCUUGCACUCAAGCAUGCUGCUGCCAGCUCUCGACGAAAAAGGACAGGCGUCAAUGUCAUCUAACAAGCCCUCAGUAGAAGAACAAGUGGAAAGCCUUCUUGAGGAGUUUAGAAGAGCGCAGGCGGAUGCUGAUGACAAGUUGCCUUGUGUAACUGAGCUAUACAAAGCAAAACUGAAGACCCUUCUCAAUGACCUGAUGAUUGGCAGCGCAGAGCUGGAGCUGAGCUCGGCCAAGGCCAGUCUAAAAAUGCACCAAGAUGAGGCCGAUGAGCGCCUAACGGUUGGGAUUUACAACAUCAUGUGCAAGGCCGUUCGGCAAUUUGAGAUAUACGGAGCCGCCAUUGAGCGUGAAGUUAACACCUGUAUCAAAGCAACAAAUAAGGCUUUCAAUGAUGCGAAGGCUACGAUAAGCACAAGCGCUAUGAAUUCAAUGGAACCAGCCAACGUGCUGAGGGCAGCUGUAGCAUCGAGCCUCAAGGAGGCACGCUCACGAACGCAAGUCGCCGCAGGGCAAGCCCAGGAUAUUAUCUCCACGUUGGAGGCAGAGGCACUAGAACAAAUUACAUCCUGGAACACAGACUACCAAUCAGAAUUCGAACACAUGCAUGAUACUGUUAUUACGGCACAAAAUGAUGUUCUCAACCGCGCCUAUGGCACUGAAACACGACUACUCCUGGCAUCGAUGCAAACUACAAGAAGUCGACUGCUGGAGCAAAUACACAAACGGCAUGAGCGAAUCCACGCCAUUCGAUGCUCGAGCUUAUUGGACGAGCUGCAAGUCACACUAGAUGCCAGUAUUUCAGUCACCGGCCGCAAAAAGCGGCAACAGCAAAUCGAUGAAGCUGUUGACGAGGUUUCAAAAGAGCUGGGCCGACUUCGCGAUUCUGAGUUGGAGUCAGCAGCUACUACGCUUGAUCGCGCAAUCGCUUCAAGAGCAGAGACUGUUAAAAAUAGACAAGCUGCAUUCAGGUCCCACAAGCUUUUAGUGCUACAACGCCUGCGACACGUAGCCAUACAACACAGUUCAACCAAAGCACAGGCUACGUUUGCGCUAGUGCGCCGAGGACUACUAAUCCUUUCUGCCCAGUUAAAGGCAGCCAUGCACUGCGAAGCAGCACUCUUUCAGCAUUUGGCAAAGUAUGGAGUAGACCUGGCGACAGUACUUCAGAAGAAUCCCGAUAAUAUUAAUGCGGUGGGGACCAUGCGGGAGGAGUUGCAGAUUCAGCAUCGGAGCGUACUGGCUGAACAUAGAGAGAAGACGCUUGAAAGCCUCCGAAAUCAACGGGAAGAAGCAACUGAAGAGCUUUGGGAGCUGGAAUCUAGUGCAAGGAAAAAGCUUACCGAGGAGCAUCAUGAUCAAACAGAACAGAUCCAGCUUACCCGUGUAUGGAUCGAAGACGCAGCUGCGCAGGAGGAUGCCGCAAGAAAUGAGUACGAAACCAGUGUUUUCAACAUCAGAAAACAGCACUUAGAAGGAAUCCGAGAGCUCGACCAUAUCAAGCUGCUUGCAUCAUUCAAGCAAAAGUUGCUGAACAGGAUUAAUGGGGAAUUUUUGACACGCGCAGCUGAGGCAAGGAGAGAUGGCCUAGAUUCGGACGCUGAAGAAACACUGCUGCAAAAGUGGAAAAAUGCAGCAGCAGAUCUGGAACAUAUCAUAGCUCGCGAAAGAGAAGUAUAUCGCCACUAUGCUGAGAGAAUGUGCAUGGUUCAGAGAGAAAAAAAUUUCGAAGCGUUUGCUGAUUCACAGGAGCGUCGGCUGAGACAGACAGCUUUAACAAAGUCUCUAGAGCUGGCGGAAGCACGAGAAAGCGAAGAAUAUCUUCAUGAGAACCUUAGGUUCAGCAUGAAUGAAGUACAAAGGAUCGUGUGGAGGAGUUGUGCCCUGUCAGGGGGAGGCACUACUCUGCAAUCGUAUGCCGAUGUUCACCAAGUGUGGAUUAUUGCCCCUGGAAAUAAGCUUUACAAAACAGCUACUGAGUUGCAAAAGCAGCUACGCUACCGUCGCAAGAAGUGUAUUGACUAUUCCACGAUAAAGCAAAAUUCUGUUGAAAGCGGGUCUAAAAGAGCUAUAGCAGUACUGCAGAGUCAAUCCAUUCAGGAACUAUCUGAUGAUACGAGUGAUACUGAAGAAAGCAGCAGGGGUGCUGCCGUUUUAGUUCAAGCGGAUGCACCAGACACCAUUGCAGAUAUUGUAUCAGAUGCACAACGAAGACUAGAAGAGGUGCUUAUUGAGAUUGCAAAAGAGCAAGAGGAUGCAGCGGAACAGGAAAAAGUCGAGAUACAACAAGAGUCGGCACAACUGCAAAAGAUGCAUGAGAUCGCCAAGCGGAAGCUAAGUGACGAACAUAGAGCAAAACUGGCACUGGUGACUGAUGAUGCAAAAGAACAGCUCCUCAGAGAGCAUGAGAACGCGCUCAGCCAGAUGGACGCAGCGCUGGAAGCUGAACAGAAGCAGCAAGAAGAGCGUGCUCAUUGUAAAUUUAUUGAGCGCCAGCAGCGUCUGCUGCAAAAGCGCCGCGAAGCCGAGGAGCAGAAGCAAAAGGCAGUCCAAGCCGCCGAGGCAGAACUUGAGGCACGCCUCAUCGCUCUGGCCAGCAAGGAGAAAGCUGUUGAGCAGGAAGAGCUGCAGCGCUUGGCCAAUCAGGGUACCGAUACUGCUGCAGUAGUCGAGCUGCUUGCUCGAAGACAUAACAAGGAGGUAUCAUGCCUCCUUCAAGAGCUGUCUUUGAAAAAGGCAGAAGACAUAAGCGCGAAAAUCGAGCAGUUCUGGAGUGCCAAAGGAGGGAGGAACUGCGACAACCGCCCCGAUGAUGUGCAGAUGUUAUACAAGGCCGAGCUACAGGAGCUUCUUUUCGUGGAGACGCAGGCGGCCGAAGACCGUAUGACUUUGCAGCUGCAGGAAUUGCAGCACAAACAAGCUAGUGAAAUAGAGGACAUUUUAAAGCAUAUGGAAUGUAGAUUGAAAGCGAAGCAGGAAAGAAAAACAAAUCUGUCAGAACAAGAACAAGCCUUUCAAUUGAACAAGGAGGCUGAAGCUGCAGCACAAGAAGAAAUUGGAAUCCUUGAACAGCGCAUGGUGGAAGAAGAGCAGCAAAUCAUAAAAGAGAUGGAAGAAAAACGCCAUGCAUACGACAGGCUGCUGGGACAGCUGCGACAGCGAAGGGAGGCAGAGGAACGGCGACGCGUACUACGGCAAAACCAUGUGAAACGAAUAGAAAGAGAGGCGCCGGGCAGCGAAUUGAGCCAUCUUAUGGGCCAAUUCGCCGAAGAUACAAAGUUGCUUGACAAAGCAUUAGCAGAAGAAGCUGAACGGCAGCACAGCAUUAUGCGGAAGAGGGCACUUCUUAGAAAUGCCGAAAAAUCUGAACGCUUGAAUACGAAGCGGCUCGUUGAAAAGCAACGGUUUCUUAUUAAUCAGAGCGAGAUUCGGAGACGUGAAAUAGCGCUUAACACUGCGAGAGCAGGCGCAAGGACCCAGAGGCAUAUGGUUGAAACAAUGAACAAGAAAGAGCUGGAAAAGAGAAUGGAGCUUGCACAUCGGCUAGAGGAGCAACGGAACUGGGCUCCUAUUUGGCGGGAGAUCUUUGAGGAGGAACAGAACGCCGGCACGUUCGAUUCUUGGGAGCAUGAUGAUGAGCAAAUUACAUUCGCAGGGCACUUUGCAACAAAUCUGUUGCACACGGAGCGGAUACUCAUCAGUGAAGCGGCCUUCAUGCGUGAACUUCUUGGAGGUUUCCGAAAGCUGAGUUAUAUUCUUUCAUUGAUUAAAUUGGCUCCGAACACGGAGCCCAUGCGCAGUCAAGACGAGAUGCCAGGCACAUCUUCCGAGAGUGAAUCCUCUGUCGAAUCCACUGGCUCAGAGGUUAUUACGACCAACUUGAGCAAUAACAAGAGCAGCAGCAAGAGCAGCAGACUGGACUCGAGUAGUGAUUCAUCUGCCUCCCAGGUCUCCUUAGGAUCUAGUUCUGGCGACAGUAGAGUUAGCGGCUUUGAGGUAUCGUCGAGCACCAGUGGAUUAUCAGCCUCAGAAGGCAGAAGUCAAAGCAGCUGCACUUCUGGUGACUCCAGCAAAAACUCUGCCAUCAGUAAAUCAGGAGAUAUAGCUGAUGGCUUGAGGGGCAAUCCGAAUAGGGGAUAG